GAUUUACUCCUCUCUGACGCAAUAUGAUGGGUAAUAGAGACUCUCGCCCAAAGCUCAUCGUCAAACCAGUCAUGCCCGGCCCAAAAGACGGCCAGCGGUCGCAUCAAGCGAGGGGCUGAGCAACUAAACUAUUGCUCCGACCCAACCCACAAGCCACUCCAGAGCUCAGCUUCGACCCCAACCGUCUAUGUGAUGAUGGCUCAUCAGUGCUGCGGACCCGAUUCUGCUGUUUUAUGCUUCUUCUACCAACAUGAGAUGAUAUUCUGCUGGUCGUGCUGUAAUAGCCGCGCUAUGAAGGAAGAGGCAGCCGCGUGUGGUUGAUAAAGAGCCAAAGGCUAUAUAGGGGUCGUCUGUUGGCGAUGCUAAUCAUGCAUCGCGCAUCUCAAGCCAACAGCGAACUAGCUCCGGAACGAACAGCGAUAACCAAUACCUGAUACUCCUCGAGUGCCGACAGCAGCACAGCAAGAAUCUCGUCUACUAGGGCACAAUGGUCAACACCUCUUCAUCAUUGGCCCCUGACGCAUCCUCAUCUGAAAAGAGAUCCUCUGUAUCCCACGAAGAAGGCCCACCCCCGAAACGUGUCUGCCGCGAGGCCCCGGGGAGAGGUUACCCGCGGAUUUCCUGGCUCACAGAGAACUGGCUGUCGACAUCAGUUCGUCACGAGCGUAUCGCAACGGCGAGCCCUAGCACGGGCAUUGGGCUGGUCGCGCAGGGCCUCCUGGACCACUACAUCAACCUUUCCCCCGGCCUCAACGGCGUGGCGGACUUCACGCCGGUCCGUGACGAGACCGGCCAGUACCUCGGGUAUAGGCCCAAGGUAGCGACGUGGCCGUUGUCGAAGCAGGAUGCUUUGAAGUACAAGGGACUUGGUAGCAUAACCGGCUGGAAUAAUUGAGGGAGUUGCGGGGAGACAGUGGGAUUUUGCGAACUCGGCAGAUUGAACCAGGGAAUUCGCGAUUGGAUGUUGCCUUCGAACUCGUGAGAUGCGUUCAGACAAACCGGAAAUGAAUCAACAUUGCGGCCAUCAUUAUGUCCAUCUAAAGCGCAAGUGUGCCCCACCAUUUCGGUGCCUAGUAGUACCACGCCAGUAGUAAACGCUCUCAUCAAGACGAAACUACCGGUCCGAUGGAAAAGGUGAUAUCCCGUGAAGGGUGGAACCCAUGGGAUGCUGCCCUCAAGAAGAAUGUCCCACGGGAGUCCAUGCCAAAGAGCUUUCUGCCAAGGGCAUGUCAACCUUAGAGAUGUCAAAACGAUGAGCCUCGAUGACGUUCCCGCGGUUUUGGGCAGUCAGCACUCUGAACCGCCCUGCGCAAAUGUUUAGACCCUUAGACCGAACAUUGCGGUCUCGUCAUGAUCCAAGAUGGCUAAUGUGUUCAGUGCUCGUUCAGGAACUUGAUGCUGAGGUUGAGUCGAUAGGGCAAGUGAAUAAUCUUUGCAGAUGCAGUAAACUGUUCAAAAGCACCCUACACCUCCCAGCUUCGGGUGCUGUUAGCCACAGGGAUUCCGCGGUUCGGCCAGGUGCAGGCGGAUGAUCCUUAGAACGAUUGAAGCUAGACUUGUGUGGGAGAGGCUUCUGAGGUUGGCUUUUCAGCUGAGGGGAAUCUCAGCUGCAGCUGUUCGUUGGAAUCUCUGGCGAGGACGGCCAAACAAAGGAACCAGAGGAGUAUCACCGGAGCUCAGCCUGCAUCUCAAGCUAUUUGUGUCAGUGUUGGUAGUGUUGGUAGACGUUGCCAGUGGUGUCUGGAAUUGCCGAGGCAAUAGUCUUCAGCUCGCCCCUGGCCAGCAAAAUCGAGUCUGCUGAGAAAUCGAUUUUGGGGGUUUUGCCUCCAAAGCAUAGAGAAUUGUUGCGUAGACCACAGGCCUUGGAGAUAAGAUGGGUUUCUGGCGGGUGCAUU